AUGCCGGUUGCUCCAUCAACAGCAGGGAAAGUGCCAUCGCCGGCGGUAGGGCGUCGAACGUUGAGUGUCACUAAAGGAGGUUUAAAAUCGAGUCGACCACAAUCAACUCGUCCAUCACAAUCAUUACGUGUUUCCAAUGUUAGUCAACAAACUAGUCCAUUAGGACAUACUAAAAAAUCAACUAAUGAAAUGAAUACUAGUUUUCUUACACCUCCACGUCCACCAGAUCCAAAAUUAUUUAUUCAAGCUGGUACAUCUGGUGUUCGACAUCUUUUACCCAUACAUUUAACGGAUAAUGAUUGUAAUGGUGGUGUAUUUUCUCGUUCAAUAUCUCGUUUACGUUCUCGUACACCAACAACAGAUUUAUGUAAUAAUAUUGAAAUGAUUCGUAAUGUUUGUAUAUCAAUAAAAACAUUACAACAUUUUGAUGUAAGUCAAAAUCAAUUGAGUAAUUUACCAUUAGAUAUUAGUUUACUUACUGAUUUGGAAACAUUAAAUUGUUCACAUAAUCAAUUAACUGAUAUGGAUGAUAUAUUUGAACAAUUACAGAAUCUUAAAGAACUUGAUUUAUCAUUUAAUCUUUUUAAAUAUUUACCAAAUGUUAUUUAUACAUAUAAAUAUUUAAUAAGAUUAAAUUGUGAACAUAAUUUAAUAACAACAAUUGAUAAUGAUUUAGUAAAUUUAAAACAUUUAAAAUUUUUUGUUUUUGAUCAUAAUCAAUUAGAAUCUAUUGAUACAAUUGAUUUUGGACAAAUGAAAAAACUUGAAUAUAUUCAUAUAGCACAUAAUCGAUUAAUUAAAUUUCCACGUGGUCUUAAUCAAUUACAUCAUUUAAAAAAUGUUAAUUUAUCAUACAAUCGUUUAACAUCAUUUCCAAUUGAUCUAUUACUUGUUAAUACACUUGAUGUACUUAAUCUUAGUCAUAAUUUAAUAACAAAAUUACCUCCUAUGCCAGUUGCUUAUACACGUGUAUCAAUGAUUUUUUCAAUUGAUUUAUCAUUUAAUCAAUUAACAAAAUUUUAUGAUUAUUUAUUACUUAUUGCACUUAAAGUUGAUGUAUCAAAUAAUAAAAUACGUACGAUAUCAAAUGAUUUAGUUAAAAAAUUAAAUAAUGAUUUAAUUUCAAGUCGAGAACUUAAAAUAAAUAAUAAUCCAUUAAUACAACCAGCUAUUCCAUCAGAAAUGCUUAAUGAAAAUAGUUCAAAUACAAUGAAUGUACUUCGAAUGAUAAGAAAUUGUUUUGAUGAACAACAAAUUGAUGCUAAUGUUCGACAAGGUUUCAAAAUAUGCAUAAUUGGACCAAAGAAGAGUGGAAAAACAUCAUUAGCAAAUUGUCUAGAAGAAUAUAUGCCCAUAACCAUUGAUGAAAACGAUGAAGGAACACAAGAAAGAAUUGUUCAUGUUCAUCAAUAUCCACUUCGCUUAAUAACAAUCAAUGAUCAAUCAGCAACAUUGAAACAACCUACACCGGCUCCAUUGCCAUCAUCUUCAGCAACAAAAACAACGACAUCUUCAAGUGCCAAAAUUGUUGAAUUACCUAAAAUACAACUUCAACGUUUUGAAAUGGAUACACGCAAACGAAAAACUCCUUCGACUCAAAUAUCUAAACAACAUGUAUUAGUAUCAAAUCAACCUCAAUUACCACUUCCAUCAUCAUUGACAGCACCUCCUCGACCUCCUGUACCAACAGAAUUGAUUAAAAUUCUUCCAGUAACAUUAUUUGAUUUUAAUGGAUCAUCUGAUUAUUAUGAACAUAUAUCACCAUUUAUUGAUACAAGUGCUCUUCAUCUUAUUUGUAUACAUGCAGCUGAUUUUCAUCAAACAACCCCUUCAUCUAUUGAAGAUAUAUUCAAUAGUAAAUUUGAUAUAUCAUCAUCUAAUACUAUUAUACAAUUAUUUCAAUUAUUACAACUUCUAUGUGAAAAGGCAACUAAAACACGUGCAAUUAUGAUCUUACCUGUUGCUACAUGUAUUGAUUUAUAUGAUCAACGAUCCAAUGAAGAUAAAAUUAAAGUUUUAGAAAAAAUUAAUAAUUUCUUUAAAUUUUAUCUUCAAUAUCGUACUGAUCGAAUAAAACAUGAAAUGGAUUCAAUACAUUCUCUUCAUACAAUAUCAUCAUCACUUUCAGAUCGUCUUAAAACUUAUACGUCUUUACUUAAUAUUAAUAUUCAAAUUGAAUCAUGUCAAUCAAUUAGUUCAUUAACAUUUCAAGGUAUUGAUGAACUUAAUCGAACAAUUCAACGAUGUGUAUUAACACAAAAAUCUAUAUUUCCAUAUGUUGAUAGAAUAUUACCAACAUUAUGGGCUGAAACAAAUCAAUAUAUUGAAUCUUUAGCUGAACUUUUACCUGUUCCAUAUCUUCUAUGGGAAAAUUAUACUGAUCGUGUUAUUAGUAAACAUGGUCUUGCACAUUUAAUAAAUGAUAUAACAUUUUCAUUACAUGAUGAAGGAAAAAUUUUAGUUUUAAAUGAAAUAUUAACAACAGAUCGUGUUGUUUUUCUUCGUCCAUCAUGGUUAACUGAUCUUUUAUAUAAUAUAUUUCGUUAUGAUAUGUCAACAACAUGUCUUGAUUAUGAAAAAAAUGAAAUAUUUUCAUUAACUAAUCUUUCUGAAUCAAAUUUUCAAACAUAUAAAAAAGAAUUUCUUCAAUAUGGUCUUUUACAUUCUGAUCUUCUUCGUUCAUUAUGGUUUGGUUUAUUACAUAAAAAAGAACAUUUUUAUCAUUUAUGGUUAACAAUAAUGCGAUUUUUAUUAAUAGCUUAUCCAAAAAUGAGUAAAUCACAAUUAAAACGUAUUAUUCAUGUUCAAACACCUGAUCCAUUAUUAAAAGGUGAAAAAAAAUCAGAUCGAUUAAUUGAUAUAAAACAAAAUCCUGAUGUUCGAGAGGAAAUUAAAUUUGAUUAUGCUAUUGUACCUUAUUAUUUACCAUUAAUUAAUCAAAAUGAACAACAAGAUGAAAUGAAACUUUUUAAUAAUGGUUUAAAAACUAUUAUUACUGUUCGUUAUACAAGUCAAUCAUUACCACUUGGAGUUUUUCAUCGAUUUUCUGUUUCAGCGAUAUUAAGAUUAAAUAUAAUUUAUAAAAAACAUUGGAAUAAUUUUAUUUUAGGUGAACAUGAAGAAAAAGAUGUAAGAUUUCUUAUGGAAACAGAUCAUCGUACAUAUAUUAUAUGUCAUUGUGGUACUAAUAUUGUUGAACAAUCAUUAGAAGAAAUUUGGAAUGUACUUAUGCCUAUACUUAAUCAUUUUGAAGCAAUGUUAACAAAUUUAGCUCCAAAUAAUCUAUUUGAUCGUUCUGUUCAAUGUCCACAUUGCAAAGAAUUUUCAUUUAUGGGUGAAUGGACAACACCCAAAGAAUUACAAUGUAUAAAAAUGAAAGCAUGUCUAUUAUGUGGUGAAAAUGUUGAUACAGCUCGUCUUGUACAACCUAAUGAAAGUAAACGUCGAAGUGAAGAACUUUUGAGACGAAUUCGUGAACGACAUGCAAAAAAUACCAACAAAGCGUCAGAUGAUGUACAACAAACAACAUCAACUACUACACAUUUAUUAGUAACACCGGUGUGA